CUCUGACAGAAACAGUCCUGAUGACCAGCUGCAGGUCCAGAAGAUGAGAAGCAGCCCGUACAGCCUUUCACCCACAGCAGCAGGCAGCAAGGUAAAGAGCAAUGAGAGCUCAGAGAUAACACACAGCGCCGCCGCUGCUCCUGCUGCUGCUGCUCCGCCCUCCCAACAACAGCAGCAGCAGCAGCAACAACAGGCUCAGCAUCACCACACACAGCUGAUGCUCGCCGGCAGUCAGCUGGCAGGGCUCGCCGCUCUCCUCCCGGCCCAGCAGCAGCUGCUCCUCCAGCAGGCUCAGGCUCAGCUGCUGGCGGCCGCCGUGCAGCAGUCCAACGCCGCUCACGCCGCCGCCCACGCCGCCGCGCAGCAACAAGCCAAUCAGCAGCAGCAGCAACAACCAACCAAACAGGAGCAACCGGUCCAAGCUCCGCCUCCACAGCUGGCGCUGUCGCAGCCCAUCCAGCUGACCGCGCAGGACAUCCAGCAGCUCCUGCAGCUCCAGCAGCUGGUUCUGAUGCCGGGUCAUCCCCUCCAGUCGCCGGCCCAGUUCCUCCUGUCCCAGCCUGCACAGGCGCAGCAGCCGCAGCAGGGUUUGCUCUCAACAGCAAAUCUGAUCCAGCUACCUCAGCAAAGCGCAGGAGGACUUCUCACAAGCCCGCCUCGCAUGGGACUCCAAGCGCAGAGGGAGAAGAGCAGCGACGCAGGAAGCAGCAGCGGCAGCAGCGCAGCCUCUGGAGCCGCCAGCGGAAGCAGCAGCGCUGUCACGUCUGUCGGAGCCAGCUCUGCAUCCAGCAGCGCCAUGGCCUCCUCCUUGACCUCCGGCUUGAAUCCCGGCGGUCAGACGGCUCACAUGAGCGAAGAACCGAGCGACCUGGAGGAGCUGGAGCAGUUUGCCCGAACCUUCAAGCAGCGGCGCAUUAAACUGGGAUUCACACAGGGUGACGUUGGCGUGGCGAUGGGGAAACUGUACGGAAAUGACUUCAGCCAGACCACCAUCUCUCGCUUCGAAGCGUUAAACCUGAGCUUUAAGAACAUGUGCAAGCUGAAGCCGCUGCUGGAGAAGUGGCUGAGUGACGCAGAAACGAUGGCGGUGGACAGCAUGCUGCCCAGUCCGUCCUCCAUCUCCUCCCCCAUGUUGGGCAUCGAAGGCCUUCCCGGCCGACGCAGAAAGAAACGCACCAGCAUCGAGACGAACGUACGAGUGGUGCUGGAGCGCAACUUCAACACGAACCAGAAGCCGACGUCGGAGGAGAUCCUGCUGAUGGCGGAGCAGCUCAACAUGGAGAAGGAGGUGAUCCGUGUCUGGUUCUGCAACCGCCGGCAGAAGGAGAAGCGCAUCAACCCGUCGAGCAGCAGCACCCCACCCCUGCCCAGCCAGACCUCGCCUGUCGUGACGCACAAAGCCCACUGCUACAGCCCCCACAUGAUAUCGAGUCAGAGUCUGUCCCAGGUCACCACCAGCCUCAGCACAACAGGAGCCAGCUCUUCACCCUCAGCUUCCUGCCCUAUGACCCCGGUCAGCUCGGUGGCCAUGUCGACGUCUGCCACUCCUCCUCCUCCUCACAGCACAGCCAGCCCGGCUCCUUCCAGCCUCGGCACGGCCGGGCUCGCCACCGGGAACACAAUGAUGGGAGUAAGCACAGGGAUGAACCAGGCCCUCAUUGGCAGCAAUCCUCUGGCUACCAUGCAAGCGCUGGCAGCCAGCGGCGGGCAGCUUCCCAUCUCCAGCCUGGAGGGGGCGCCGGGCCACAUGUUUCUGAGCGGACAUGGCGGCCACUCCGUCCCCGCCUCCCUGCGCCCCUCUCUCUUCCUGAACCGCCCCGGCCUCCUGCCGAUGGUGACCUGCUCCACGCCGACUUCCUCCUUGCCCAUGGGGCUGGUCAGCGGCGGCCCCAGACCCUCGUAUUGCCAAUCUUCGCCCAGCGGCACCAGCAACCUCAUGAGCCCCACUUCCUGCCCAGAGGAGUCUGCGUCUCCCUGUUCAAGCCCCGCCUCUUUCUGCUCCUUCAGCGAAGCUUCACCGCCGCCGCUGGGAGGAGCCAUGGCCGAGUGAUCGCCGACCGACAUCCAAAGCAUCAGGAAGAGGAGGAGCAGAGCUUUAAAAAUCAAAAUCUACAACAUCGCCUUUCAACCAAAGCCAUCUCUCCGUCUG